AUUUCUCUCCCUUACCUUACGCCAUUUCUCUCCCUUGCUCUAAUGGCGACCAACGCAACAGGAGCCAUCUUUCUGUGCUUCAUCCUCUUCCCGACCUGCUUGCACGGACAAUCACAAAAUCCCACACCAGCUCCAUGGCCUGAGCAAUUCCACUCGAUUCUCUGCAUGAACUUCAGCGGAGAGCUGCAGAUCAUCGACCUCUGGUACGACUGGCCCAAAGGCAGAAACUUCAACAUCAUUCAGCACCAACUCGGGAAGAUCCUCUAUGACCUCGAAUGGAACAAUGGCACCUCCUUCUUCUACACCCUGGACGCGGACCAGGAGUGCAGAAGCGCCCAAUUGGAGGUUGGUAUCCUCAGACCCAACUGGCUGGACGGUGCCAACUAUCUGGGGCAACAAUACGUGGAUGGGUUCCUCUGUAAUGUGUGGGAGAAGGUCGAUUUCUUAUGGUAUUAUGAGGAUGUUGUCACCAAAAGGCCUGUUCAUUGGGUUUUCUACACAGGAAGAGCUGCUCAUGUGAUGACGUUUGAAGUAGGGGCGGUUUUGGAAGAUGAAAAGUGGCAAGCGCCUGUGUAUUGCUUCGACAAGGAGGAGGAGGAGGAGAAGCCGGGGAGACUUGGCAAUUCCCACUUUCAAUUUGAUGGAAUUUUCAUGGAAAAUCUGGCGCGGAAAAGGGGUCUCAAGGGAAUUGGAGGUUCCACCUUCCUGUGAUAUAUGGGUUUGCAGCCUGUGUUUCCAUGUUUAUGAAGAUUCAUACGAAUAAUAAGUUGUUUCCUGACAACUUUUUGGCAUCAACUAUUUGAUGAAGACUGAUGCAUGUGGUUCUGGCCGAAUUAGGCACAAGGAGCAAGUCGACUUGAAGGGAAGAAUAUGAGGUCAAUGACAUGCCACGAUUCUCCAGUAAUCCUGCAACAUCUGCUUCAUCUGAUUGAUCUAUUAUGUCAAGAGGUGAAGAAGAACAGGAAUUUUCUAAAAUCUCUUUGUGGUUUCGCUUCUGUAGAACCUUUCGAAUAAAGGUAAAUAGCUAAUGCUCUUAGUUACUUCGUCGGCCGCCGGAUGUUACAUGAAGAGCUAUAAAUGGUUUGAUGUAAGAGCAAGAGUUUGCUGAAAAAGAGACGUUACAAGCUCCAUUCAUGUGGCCAGAAAAUCAUAUUAUAUGUCUUCUGCAAUUCAAGAGCCUGUCCAUUUAGAACAUCCUUAUCUUUGUUACUUCCCCAAAGACCGGGAAGUGAAAAACAGUGUGCUCUAUCCAAGUCGCUUUCCAGCAUUAUGCACCCACUCUGUGUCGGAUAUCUGCUUAAGUGGGAUAACACUCUUGUGGUAGACACAGUUUGAUA